AUGGCCACUUCUUUAAUCCCAGUGUCUUCUUCAUUUCUUCAACCUCUGAAACUCAAAACCCUAGCUAAACCCAGAAACCCUGAUCUAUCAACCACCACCAGAAAAAUUAUUACAACCUGCGAUUCUCAGAAGAACACCGGGAAGUCAAACCCCAGCAGCAGAAACCCUAAUUUCCAGAAACGGCGAAAUUCCUCAAAGUAUGGAAGUUCUAGAAGAUCGAUCCUCAAGAAAUCAUUCUUACAAGAACAGGUUACUUUCACCGCACGUGUCUCCGAAGAUCCCCACGUGGGGAUUAUCGGCGGCGGAAUGGCGGGUCUUGUCUGCGCCCAGAACCUGGAAGCUCGUGGUGUCCAAUCCACGGUUUUCGAUACGGGGAUACAUGGGUUAGGAGGAAGACUUGGAACAAGGAUUAUUGAACCACAAGGACUAAUUUUCGACCACGCUGCUCAAUUCUUCACCGCGAAUGAUUCUCGGUUUAUCCGAUAUGUCGAUGAGUGGUUAGAGAAAGGACUUGUUCGAGAGUGGAAUGGUGUUAUUGGAGAGCUUGAAAUUGGGGGUAGUUUCUCACAGUUUCAUCCAUCAUCGCCUCCAAGAUACAUUGCAGUUAAUGGCAUGCGGUCUCUCGCUGAUUCAUUGCUUUUAGAGAGUCAAAUGGUUAAUUUGGUUAGGCCUUGUUGGAUUAGUAAGCUGGAACCAUUAAAUGGAAUGUGGCACCUAAGUGAGAAUGGAACUCCUCGUGGUCAGUUUGAUGUAAUUGUCAUUGCUCAUAAUGGUAAAUGUGCGAAUCGUUUGCUUUCUGCAUCAGGCUUGCCUUUAGUUGCUAAACAGAUGAAGAAACUGGAUCUGAGUUCCAUAUGGGCGCUAUUAGCAGCUUUCGAUGAUCCUCUUCCUACUGUAAACUUCGAGGGAGCGUUUGUGAAAGGAGUGGGAUCAUUGUCUUGGAUGGGAAACAACUCUGCAAAGCUUGGAAAUGACAAAGCUCCACAUUGUUGGACUUUCUUCAGUACUGCAUCAUACGGAAAACAGAACAAAGUUCCUCAGGAAAACAUCCCAACGGUCACGUCAGAGAAAGUUAGAGCCGGUAUGCUUCAAGGUGUGGAAAUCGCAUUAGGCUUGCCUGAAGGGUCGCUUCCUAAACCGGUUUAUACACGUCUCCAGCUAUGGGGAGCAGCUCUUCCAAAGAACACUCCUGCAGUUCCAUGUAUAUUUGAUCCACAAGGCCGUGCUGGUAUAUGCGGUGACUGGCUUCUCGGUUCUAACUUAGAAUCUGCAGCUUUAAGCGGCGAAGCCCUCGGAAACCAUAUUGCUGAUUUCUUACAGAAGGGUGAAGCUAAUCCGGAAGAGUUUGCAAUCGGUUUACAUGACAGGUUAAGUCCUCUUGCUGGUCAUGAUAUUGGGCAGUUUCCGGGUUUAACAUCGGUGGGAGAGAAGGAAGAAGCUAAAGCAUAUCAACUUCUGUGA